CGUGAUCUCUUAUUAGAUUCUUUUGACUGUCAGAGUUUAUGGCACAGCUCUUUGCAGCUGGCUAUUUUUUUUUUUUUCUUGUUAUAUCACAUUAAAAUGUUGACUUGGGUUCGUGAAAUUAAAUGUCGGUCACCCGAAACCAGCAUGCAGUAGAGUACAUGUUGAGCGUCAGAAAAGUCAGUUUGACCCUCCCAUGGCAGUCAGCGUCCCGUUUAGUGAGUUGACGUCAGUUCUCAAGUCGAGCAGGCGUCGCGUCUUCGUGCAACGCGACCGAGUAGUGCAGUAGGCAUGGGGAAGCUACAAGAAUUUGACAUCACUUUCGCCAACAAUAAGGUGGUUUACAGCCCGGGAGAGUCUAUCGGCGGAACUGUCAAAAUACGAAUCAGCAACUCGCUGCAGUACAAAGCCAUCAAGGUGAAUUGUCAGGGCUCUUGUGGGAUUUCCAACAAAGUGAACGACGUGUCAUGGACUGUGGAGGAGCAGUACUUCAACAGCACAUUGUCUGUUGCUGACAAAGGGACUCUAGCAGCAGGCGAACACAAUUUCCCUUUCCAAUUUCUCAUCCCAGCUGCAGCACCAACUUCUUUCGAAGGACCGUUUGGCAAAAUUAUCUACCGUGUGAAAGCUGCCAUUGACACGCCUCGCUUUGCCAAGGACUACAAAGCCCAGAGGCCCUUCUAUCUUCUCAACCUGCUCAACCUAAAUGAGUUGCCAGACAUUGAUCACACGAGCUAUGCUGUCACUACUAAAAAAUUUAACUACCUUUUGGUGAAGUCUGGGACUCUCAUGCUGAAAGCUCAAAGUGACUUCAGGGGCUACGUUCCCGGUCAGGUGAUCAAGUUAGCCACUGAGAUCCACAACAAGUCUGGGAAAGACACAGGAUGUGUCCUGGCAAGUCUCAUACAGAAAGUGACCUAUAAGACCAAGCGACAAUUGUUCGACUUCCGAACCAUUGCAGAAGUGGAGGGAGCUGGAGUGAAAGCAGGAAAACACGCCGAGUGGAGAGAACAGAUCAUUGUCCCGCCUCUUCCUCAGUCAGUGUUGACAGGCUGUAGCCUCAUAGAUAUUGACUAUUUCAUUCAGGUUGCAUUAAAAUCUCCAGAUGCGGUUGUCACUCUGCCCAUCUACAUUGGGAACAUUGCCGUGAACUUGUCUCCUGGAAGGACUGUACCUACCAGUCCAGAUCCCUGUGGCAUGGCCAUAUCACCCAAUCCAGCAGGGGUGGCACCUAGUGCCCCUCCCGUUGACGGUGAUGAAGAACUAUGUGUAGGUGGUGCAGCCAGCGAAGAGAUCCCCACCAAGAGUCAUUCUCAGCAAGAUCCCUCUGGUCAGCCUGUAACCAUGUCGCCGAGCGCUUUUAGCCACACCCCCAGUACAGUGCUCCAUUCUGGCUGCAGACAGUCCGACACUUCUGCCCCCUUGUUCUGCGUUUCAACUGGGGCCACCAUACCUUUUUUCACUGAGGGAGACCCCACACCUGUUCCCACUUCAUGUUCGCUCAUCUUGCCUCCAGAGUACAGCACCUGGGACUAUCCUCAUGAGCCUCCGCCCACUUAUGAAGAAAGCUGCAGUAGCACUGACUUCAGUUUAAACAGUGGACACUAGAAAAAAUGGGUAACAAAGGACCACCCAUAUUGUAGCUCCACAUCAUGGAAAUACCCUGGAUGGACAAAGCACCAACUCCAAAACACCAAAGAUUAAUGUGUCCUCGACAAGUAAGAAGGGAUUUUGAUCGCGUAGUCAAUCAGGCAAUUAUAGACAGAGCAACUUAAUAACUAAAGGUGGUACAAAAAAUAUGUAAAAAAAAAAAAAAAACUUAUCUGCUUCAAGGGAAACCAAUGUGAACCCAGUUUAAUUUUUUUAAUGUGCUUUAUUUGGCACAUUGUAGUCAAACAGCACGUGACAGUAUCCUGAAGUGACCUGUACAGACUGCUACCUGAGACUCUAGCGUUCUGUCUGUGGUCUGACCUGCUCACAUGGGCAGCGUAACAGUGGAGUCACUGGAAUCGUGAUGAGAGACCUAACCUGAAGUGAUGCUUUGUGACUGGACUGCAAUUCCACUGUAGAUGGGCCUGACCGGGACAAACAACAUAUGAGAGACAACAGACACUAAAGACUGCUUGAGCUGCCUUUGGAGGAGUUCCUUCCCCUGAACGCAAUAUGUCCUGUCGCUGGGCUUCAUCAAUCAUCAACGCACACAGAGGAAUUUGGAUCACGUUCAUAGUCUCCAUUAUGGAGCUAGCACAACCUCAGCUGAACUUCGAGUUUGACCUAGGUUUAUGCGCAGUGGAUGAGAUGGACGCAGCUCAUGCUAGGGAAGACCAGUAGCACCAGUAUCAGUAAUCAACCAAAGCUGCAAAAGGCUUUGAACUUCUUUUUCCGGUAAAUUUUGUGUGCCGGUCAUCAUUGUUGUGUUGGUGUGACAGUAUGUGGCACUGAGACUCGUUUUACAACCCAUUCCUGUAGUCACAGUUACAGCUCUGUCUAUAUUCACAGCCCAUCAUUAAUCAAAUGCUGUCAUUGAUCAUCUUCUGCAUUUAUAAUAUUCACGCACAACACUAGUUUCCUUUGCAGGGUGACAGGACAUAGCCUUAAAAUGGAGUGACGAGUUCAAACCCUCAUAAAAUCCUCACAAUCAGUCAUGUUGAGGUGAUGUUCCCUAAGUACCUCUCAAUGGAAGAAGUGUCCCAACAUGCCCGGAUAGCACAACACUGUUUACUACGCUCGGAAAACACUGGAGGGAUUGGCUCUUGUCUCCAUCCCCAUGAACAUAUAGUCAUGCACUGGGUGUCAGAUUUGCAAUUUUAUUUUUUGUUUUUAUCUAUCUACUUUGGAAGUUCUUGGGAAAAUAAGUUUUAAUAGAUCUUUUUGCUGUGCAUUUUGAAUGUAGUAAGCAGGUUGGAGUAGUGGUUAGCAUCUCAGAGCCGGCUGUCUUGUACAUAGUAUUUUUUUCCCUGUGCCUUUGUGGGGUUUUCUCUGGGUUCUCUGGCCAAAACAACAACAAUUACAAAAACAUGCAUGAACUGAAGACUAAAUCCUCCAUAGGUGGGAGCAUUAGUGGUUGUUUUUCUAAAUGUGCUCCCUGUAAUUGGCUUGAAAGCAGUCCAGGGUGUAUCCUGCCUCUUGCCCAAAGUCAGCCGAGAUAGGUUCCAGCUAACUUUCGACCAUAAAGGACAAGCGAUAUGUUUCCGACGAUAUCAAGAGUUGCCAUGUUGGCGGUCGACUCCUUGUUUUGUUCUGGUACUUAUUGUGUAUUCGCAUAGAAAAUUCUCCUGAUCUGAACCACCCAAGGUCAGAUACUCCGCUUGGAAUUUUUAUUUUUAAAAUCAAGAGAAAAUUGAUGGAUUUUUUUUUAGAUUCAUGCACAAAAUAGUUGGACAUUAACUUCAGAACCAAUAUGGCUUGAAAUAUGCUUCAUUUACUUAUUUGAACCUAAUACAACCUGUAUUAAGUCAAAUGAAUAUUCCCUUCUUUCACUUGAAUUUUGCAUUUAUUUAUCCUGUCAUCAUACUAAUGACAUGCAUCAAUCACAUUUCUGCAAGACUGAUUUCAUUUACCUAGGUUAAACAUAACAUAGACUGCUGAUCUGAAUGUAUCUCAUUUAUUAUUGUUGUUUUUUAUUUUUAUAAUUUAUUUCUUCCUGUAUGAAUUUAAAAAUCUCAGCACUAUUUUUUGACUUUAGUCGCGAAUAUUGCCAUGUGGGUUUCAGCUUUAGCAUGUCCUGAAACUAACUGGUUUUACCAUGAGUAAAAUGGCUGUGGUACAUUUGUUCUGGGUCCCGUCAUCCACUGUUGGAACAUUUGAUGGAGUUACUCCCCCUCUAUUGGUGUUGGUCAGUGUGUGCUCCUGUACAAGCGCAGCUUCAUGUGGACUAUGGCAAAUGCACUUCAUUCAUACAAAUGUUGCUUCAAAGCCAGGGUGUCCAAACUUUUUCCCUUUAGGAAUCCCAUGCAGAAAAAUCAAAGGAUGAAUGGGUCACUUAAAAAUGGUUAAUUUAUUGAACAAAAUAAAAUAACUCAGUGAAGCUAUUACACUCCCUGUGGUUUACAUAUUACUUGUUUCUAAAAAUGUCAAUGAUUUCUGUUGAGAUAAUAAAUCUUGUUGAGCUAAUUGUUUAGGAUUUUAAAAGAUUCUGGGGCCGGCCCCGGAUCACACUAGAUUAGAUGCACCCCUGCAUUGAAUAGCAUCCAAAUCCUAACUCCACAUUCAGAACAAAAAAAUAAUGGGAAUCUGUUUUUAAAGCAGUUCUGAUACUGUCAGUGAUAUGCUCACAAAUCGGACCUUGACAGGUGCAGGAAGUGGAGAUUUUUUUGCUGCAUAAAAUGAAUUACUAAAUGUCUAUUCACUACAGGAUUAUAAAGAGAACUGUUUUUUUUUUAGUUUAUUUCCAUUUUAACAUAACUAGAAAAGCUCUACUGUAUUUUAAACCAAUGUAUUAAUAUUUUCGGUCAUCCCUAUCAAACACAACCACCUCCCCACACACCGGAUGUGGAUGUUGCAACAACAACAACAACAAACGUGAUGCCCACUUCCACUCAUUUGCUGUCAAUGUAUAUACUGUGGUACACUGGAAAAUGGCUGUGGGUCACAAAUGGCCACCGGGCCAUAGUUUGGACACUUUUGCUUUAUAGCUUCAACACAAAGACAAUAGUCUUGUACACCUGCAGGAAAUGUUGUCAGAAAUGUGUGCAAUUCUCGACAUUGCCAAGAGCAGCAGCUGUUUGAUCUGCAGAAAGGAUUUUACAAUGGCUUCCCUGCUUUUCCUGUAUUCUUGUUGACCAAAGGGUACAAUAGCUUUAUGAUUAACCACAUUUUUGUGCUGUUAUUAUACUCCUCCUCCCUCUUAUUUUUUUUUCAACUUGUAACUCGUUUACAGGUGCAGUAUGCAGGUAACAGUAGUUGCACCAUAUGUAAUGUAUCACGUGUACAAUAGAACAAUAAAG